AUGUCAAAUAAAAAUCCAUUAAAUAAUAGUAAUGGUAGUAAUAGUUCAACAAUAGUUAAUUCAGAUAAAUUUUUAGUUAAGAUUCAUUCAUUGAGUGUAUCACAUACAUCAAAGAGUUCAAAUAUUUAUUUAGUUGGUGAUUUCGAUCAAUUUAAACAAUUUAAAACUGAAACUAAAAAAUCAUCAUCAACACAUGGUUCUUGUAUCUAUAAUGAAUUUGCAAUGGAGUUUCAAUAUGAAACUAAAUACAUUCACAAAUUGGACCACAAGCAUUUUAAAAUCUGUGUCUAUAAAAAGAAAUCAAUUGGUUCUGAUAAAUAUAUUGGUAGUUUUGGUGUCGAUCUUUAUACAUUAGCAACUGGUCCAAUCUCUCAUGAUGUUGUCUUUCAAAAGGAUAAUACUGGUGUUGGUCGUUUACAAUUUAGAUUAGAAAUGAAUCAUAUCACUGAUAUUCAAAUUUCUUUUAAAUCAAUUUUAUUAUCAAAUUUAAUGAAACAAUCAAAUUAUCAAAUUGAUUAUUCUUUAAAUAAAAUUAAUCCAUUAAAAUCAUCAAUUAUUGAAAAUACAAUUUGUCCAAGUUGGUAUAACCAAUCAUCAAUAUUAAUGAAUAUAUCAUUAAAGGAUUUAGUUGAUGGUAGUAUAUUUUUUAAUUUAAAGGAUACAAAAAGUUCAAAAGUAAUUGGUGAAUUGAAAUUACCAGUGAAAUCAAUAUUCUCAUUUGUAGAGGGUGAUAUAAAGAUCGUUAAAACUUUAUUAUACAAUGAAAAGCAAAAUAAGAUAUGUGAUGCUUGUAUCGAAAUUCAAUUUAAUAAUAUACCACAACUAGCUCAACUUAGAGGUGGUAUUCAAACUGAACAAGGUAUUAGAGGUGCAGAAUCAUUUUUCUCUGGUGUACCAUUACCAAAGAUAAUAGGUGAAAUUUCAAAUGCUUCAACUUCUGAUGGUUAUAGUAAAGAAGCUCAAUUACAACAUGUUAAAUUACCUGAUGGUUGGGAAUCUAGAAUCGAUCCUGUCUCUGGUAAAGUUUUCUAUUUAAAUCAUAAUAAUAAAACAACUUCUUGGAUUUCACCUUUAGAACAUGCUCCAGUUAAAAAAAGAACUCCAACUGUUGUAAUUUCAAAUACAACUAUACUUGAUAAUAAUAAUAAUAAUAAUAAUAAUAAUAAUAAUAAUAAUAAUAAUAAUAAUAAUAAUAAUAAUAAUAUAAAUAAUACAAAUAAUAUACAACAAAAACAACAAGCUCAACAACAACCAGUACAACCACCACCACAACCAGUACAACAACAAGUCCAACAACCACAACAAAAAGAAAAAGAAAAAGAAAAAGAAAUUAAUGCAGAAGAUUAUAAAAUAAGUAGACCAAAGAAAACACCAGCAACACCAGAAGAGGCAGCAGUUAUUAUACAAAGAACAUUUAGAAAUCAUAAAAAACAAAGUUAUAAUAAGACAAUUAGAAAUUCAAAGACAAUAAUACCUCCAAAUAAUGUUCAGCAACAACAACCACAACAAACUGAAAAACCAAGUAUUUAUCAAGUAUUUGGACAACAGAUUGAUCAAGGUUUACCAAAUGGUUGGGAAGUUCGUCAAGAUCAAUUUGGUAGAGUAUUUUAUGUUGAUCAUAUCAAUCGUGCCACUACUUGGACUCGUCCAACUGUAAAACAUCCAAAACAACACCAACAGGCUACACUUGUACAACAAAGAAAAUAA